AUGUUCGCACGCGUUCCACUCGUUCUUUGUCUGGCAACUGCCGCUUUAGCUUUGAAUCUCGAUAGUCCCGCCGCUUACUCUCCUCCGCUACAGCAGCCUUCAGCACCCGCAGCUCCGAAUGGCUACGGCCAACAACCGACAUUGACCAUCACUCGAACCGUCUACAAUAAUCCCGCUGCUACGAAAGCUCCGCCUGUACCGCCUGUUCCAAGCAAGAAUACUACCAGUCCUAUCACCAGUUCUAACAGCAUCGGCUCCUGCAAGAAUGUGCAGUCUUCGAAUAUCCGAGCUGAUGAGACAAGAGCUGCUGCUGUGAAGGAGGCUUUCUUGCAUGGCUGGAAUGCUUAUGUCAAGUAUGCGAAUGGAUUCGACGAGUUGGGGCCUCUGGCUUUGAAUGGUACGAAUAAUCGAUAUGGCUGGGGGCUUACGAUUGUCGAUUCCAUUGAUACUGCCAUUAUUAUGGGAUUGACGGACAUUGUGAAUGAUAUGUUGGACUUUAUUUCGGGAGUUGAUUUCACGAAGACGGAGUUCGUUGAGGCGGAUGAAGGCGUGAAUCUGUUUGAAACCAACAUUCGUUACAUCGGCGGACUGCUAGGUGCCUACGACCUCAUCAAGAGCGGCCAAUUCGGCACAUACGACCAGCAGAAGAUCGAUAUGCUUUUAACACAAGCUACAAUACUUGCCGAUAAAGUUGCGUAUGGCUUCAAUACGCCCUCAGGCCUUCCCGCUGCGUUUGCCAACUUCACUUCUAAUGAGCCAGUCUACGACACCUAUACAGACCCAGUCACAAACACGACCUACAACUCAACCAACGCAGCAUCCAUAGGAACAUUCCUCCUCGAGUGGGGCCGGCUGUCUGAUCUAACAGGAAACUCAAGCUAUCGAGAAAUCGUCGAAAAAGCAGACAGCUACUUAAUCAACCCUUCACCCGCACCUGCCUUGACCAACCUAAUCGGCACACAAUUCGAUGUUGAAACCGGUAACAUGCUCACAAAAGACGGCGGCUGGCAAGCAGGAGUCGACAGCUUCUUGGAGUACCUCAUCAAAUACUACCAAUACGCCCCAUCCAACGUCGCACAACAAUACAAAGAUUUCUGGGUCAAAGCCACGCAGACCACAAUCGACAACCUGGUCAUCCACCCUCGAGGCUUCAAUCAACUCUCCUUCGUAUCUCGUUUAUCCGAAAACGGCACAGUAGACAAUCUCGCAGAUGAUUUCUCAUGCUUCGCAGGCGGGAAUUGGCUGCUUGGUGGAGCUCUCCUAGACGAUCCAAAGAUCACUCAGCUGGGUGUGGACUGGACAGCAGGCUGCUAUCAUUUGUACAACACCUCCACCACAGGUCUAGGGCCUCUCGUGUGGUCUUGGUCCGACCAGCAAGGCAAUACAGUGAACAAGAAUUUCCAGAACGAUGCUGCAGCUCUUCGUUCUGCCGCAGCACGAGGCUGGUUCAUUCCGAAUAAUUUGGAGAAUUGGUUUUCGAGACCUGAGCCGCUGGAAAGUGUCUUCUACGCUUAUCGAAUUACGGGUGAUCAGAAAUGGGCUGAUGCGAAUUGGCGAAUUUUCCAGGCGAUUAAUACGACUGCGAGGACAGCUGAAGCUUUUGCUGCGGUGAAUAAUGUUGAUAUGCCGUAUGGUGGCUCUAUGAGCAACAACCUCGAUAGUUUCUUCUUUGCUGAAGUUUUGAAGUAUCUCUACUUGACCUUUGUCGAUGGGAGCGUUGUGGAUCUGUCAGCGUGGGUGUUCAAUACGGAAGCCCAUCCACUGCAGGCGCAGUGUGCUGGCGGUAAUAAUGCGAAUCAAACUGCUGGGCGAUCAUCGUCAAACGGCCGCCAGUAG